CUGAACAGCAACGGGACGUGGGACAUGUCGUUCAAGCAAGCAUAUGGCCAGCAGGCAACUGCCCAGCCCCUGAGCGACCCCAUCAUCACACCCGUCACCACCACAAGCACCACGACCACAACCACAACCACGAGCAGCUCCACCUUCGCCUUUGGGUCUGUUGACCUCCUGGUGUCGACAGAGGUCACGGGUGCUGGCCGCCUUCUCGCGCAGCCCUUCGAUGGCUCUUCCUCCUCUUCCUCCCCCCUGGCCACGGUGUCCUCGCCGAUCAACGUCGCGCCUGGUGCGUCCGGCCAGGUGUCCAUGCGUGUUGGCAAGGAAACCGUGAGCGCAGCGUACAGGAGCGGCGCUGCGGCGCUGGCUGCUGUGCGCGUGCAAGCUGUGGAGCGCGAUGUGUAUUCGACGUACGGCACAAUUCGGUUCGCCACGCAGGCACGCGAUGCCCUUGGUGGUCCACAUGCCGCGCCCACGGCCGUGGAGGUGUGCCUUUUCCUCGACGGGACAAUGCCUGUGCCCACGCCGUCCAUGUGCACGACUUGCACGACAGCGCCAGCGAGUGCUGCGACGUGCACGGGCUGGAUCGAUGUGCCCGCGACUGUGUUUGCUGCCAUUGCAGCAGGCGACGUUGGGGAGCCAGCACACCUCGUGGCCACCAUCGGCACCCUCACUGCCACAGACGAGGUGGAGCAGCUCACGGUGCUUGGCGACAGCUGGUCUGGCGACUCUGUAAUUGACACCAUGGCCCGGACAGCCGCUGUUGCGGGUCUCCUCACCCCAGACGCGCUGGACGCCGGCGUGGAGGUGAGGCAGGCGCCCCUGUUCGAGAUGCAGCUCUCCGUGCGCGCGGGUGCAAGCGCCUCAAGCGCGUCGGAUGUUGUGGUGGAGGCUGUGGAGCUGGCCGACUCAAUGGGGCGCCCGCUGCAGGUGAACGGCGAGGACGUGCCUGUGCCCAUCACCCUGCGUGAUCGCGUCAGCAGCAGUGCGCUCGGCACCGUGUUUGUUGCUGCCAACACGCCCACUGUGCACCUGCCGCAGCUGGCCACGCACCAGACGCUGAGCCGCAGCGAACUCGACAUGCCAGUGCAGCGUGUGGCUGUGCAGCACUGGACUGCGCGCCCCUUCCCGCGCAGCACACCCCCACCACUCGUUGUGGCGUCCACAUCAUCCUCGCCCUCGCUGGCAGACCUCGGCCUGGAGUGCACGUCCAUCACAGCGGAUGGCCUCUCCGUCGCGCAGUCGUGCGCAGAGGUGAUGGUGACGCGAGGCACGCGUGCACCAGGCGCUGCCGUGGCCGUGAUGUCGACUGCCACGGGCCGCGCAACGCUGCUCAACAUGACCAUCACCUACCCGCAGUUCCCGCUCACCAUUGCCGUGGACAACCCGACCCUGCGCGCCAUCCAGGGCCUGAAACAGCGCACCAGCGACGGCAGUGGCACGUGCGUUCCCGUGUAUCAGCAAACGCCGUUUGCCAUCCGUGACGACACGUACGACUACACGUCCAUGCUCGCCCCCUGGCUGCAGGUCACCAAUCCAAACGUCGUGCGCGUGGACCGCGAGCGCUUCACGCUGACCGGCACGGCGCCUGGGCAGGCCACGCUCGUGCUGCAGAACACGUUUGGCGACCUGCUGGCAACGGUGAGCAUUGAGGUGAGCACUGCGCAGGUGAGCGCGCUCUCCGUGGAUGCAGCUGCCUACCAGCCAGCCAACGUCAGCCUGCGUCUCAGCAAUGACGAACUUGCCCAGAACGGUGACGCCAUCGUGGCCACUUUGCACGCGCCACUGCGUCCAGUGCUCACCCGCCUUGGAGCACAGGCGCGUGUGCUGGCCACCGUGCAGCUGUCGGACGGCACGUCGUGGUUCCUCUACGAUUCGACCUUCCUCACCGUCACCCCUGCCUCGGCAGACACGGGCUUGACUGUCAACGGCACUGAUGUGACGCUCGCCGGCUUUGCUGCGCCUCAGGAAGGCCCACUGCUGCGCGUUGCCCUCUCGCCCGAGUGCGGCACGCCGCUUCCCCCUGAUGCCGUCAUGACCGCCUUUGCCGACGUGGUUCUCGCGCUACCAGACGCCGUGAGCGCAGAGCUUGUGCUGGAUGCCACGCGCCUGGCAACUGUGGGCUCAACAGCGGCCCUCGCUGGCGUACCCGCUACGAGCGCUAUCACCGUGUACGUCACCUUCAGUGACGGCACGGUGCUGGACCUGACUGCAUCGCCACAUGUCAACAUUACCGUGGAACCGCCACAGAACCUGCGCUUCACGCGCGAUGGCGACACGGGCCGCCUCAUGGUCACGCCAACCAGCGUGGGCGAGGUGCAGCUGCAGGCGUCGUUUGCGGCCGCUGGCGUUCGCGUGACGUCGCAGGCUGUCGUCGUCACUGUUGUCUCUGCCACGCAGCUGACAGCGACACCGCGCCCCUUCCCGACCUACGCGGGGUCCGGUGCCGUUGAGAAGACGACGCUGUUUGAGCUGGGCGCAACACAGCAGUACCAGCAGGCCGCCAUCACCGCCUGGCUCUCCAUGUCAGAUGGCAGCACGCUCGACGUGUCCCAGCACUCGUCGUUGGAUGUGUCUGUGACCCCCAACCCACCAGAUCUGGAAGGAGCCUUUGUCGUGCAGCGCACACCCAUCACUGUCAUCACGCCAACACAGGGCGGCUUCUUCAUGGAUGUGGAUGUCGGCUUUGGCAGCCUCUCCUCCACCGUAUCGGUGUUUGUGUCCACGUCAUCGGUUCAGGUCACGUCCAUCACCAACCUGCGCUUGCUCAGUGGUCCACUGCUUGCGGGCCGUGCUGGGGCAGCUUCCACGCGUGCGCAGAUGCGCGUCGUCUUUGGCGACGGCACCGUCAUGCCCUCGUUCGUGCCUGCUGAAGGCCCACUCGUGCCGGGGCUGAUUACCCUCUCCGUCUCCGACACGGAUGCGGCCUCUGUCUCCAGCGCGACGGGACAAGUGGUGCUGCUCGGCAACAGCGGCGCGAGUGGCGUCACCUUGCUCGCGACCACGGCACAGGGGAGCGGAAGCGCUCAGGCAUCGUACGCAUUUGCCACGAACCUCGUCCCAGAGCUUGGCGACGUGGAUCUGGGCCCAACCACCACCAACCCCUCGCCCACCCUGGUCGUGGGCGAAGCGCGCUCGCUGCAGCUGCGAGUGAACGUGCAGGGCAGGCGGUUUGGUGGCUUUGAGCUUGAGCUUCUGCUUGAUGACGCGAUUGUGGAUGUGGAAGCCAUCACGCCCGCGUAUGCCGGCGGCGCCUUUGCGUGGGUGCGGCGCACAAACCGCGCUGUUCUCAGCGGCGUGCUGGAUGUUCAAGGCACGUCGUCGCUUGCGUUGGCCUCGGUGCGCCUGCGCGGCGUUGCGCUUGGUGCGUCGCCGCUGCAGGUGCGCGUGGUGUCUCUUGGCGAAGGCGAUGGUGUUGGUACCCCGAUUGGCGAGCCAACGCCGCGCCUCGCCACAGCCGCCAACAUCUCGGUCGACGUGGUCACGGGCACGGGCAGGCGCCGUCGCCAGGUUGACUGGCCUGUCGUGGACACAGAUGACGCAAGUGCAAGCGCCGCAGACACCCUUGCUGCUGUUGCUCUCGAACACGAUACCAGCGCCAAGACGGCCGUGCAUGUGCGAACACGGCGUAGCACGUGCACGCCUGCGCAGUUUGUUCUGCUCGGGGACGGUAGUGGCUGCACGGAGGUGGUGCCAUGCCCAUCGACAAGCCGCGUCGUGGGUGACGUGAAUGGCGAUUGCGCCUUCAACGUGAACGAUGCUGCGUUUGCGCUGGCAUACCUGCUGGAGUCCACCAUCUCCUUCGAGUCUGAACGCGGGCAGCGGUUCCUGUCGUAUGUUCGCCAGUUCCCUGAGGUUGUUGACACACUGGACUUCAACAGGGACACGGCGCUCUCCGUGCACGACGUGCUGUACGCCAACUUGGCCAAUCUCGGAGUUGUCCGCCUCAUUGCAGGCAUCGAGGUGUCUGCGGUGUGCAGCAUGGGCUGCACCUUGGAGGUGUCCGUGGACGCACGCACGCGCGCUGGCGACGGUGGCGUUGAUGACACCAUCUUCAUCGCCGACAUUGCCUUUGCGGCUCCCGACGUUGCGCUCGUUGGUAACGUGACUGUGGGCUCGCUCGUCACCGCCAACAAAGGCACAGGCUUGAACGGUGUGCUGCUGCGCAUGAACCAGGACGCGUCUGUUUACACGGCUGUGGUUGCGGUGCAGACUGAGGCGCCAGUGCUUGCGGGUCUGUCGCUGAUCCAGAUCACGCCUGACCUCGCACGCCGCCCUGCCCUGCGCCCAUCCAUGUUCUUGGACGGCCGUGAUGUGUCGCCGUACGCGUAUGUCGGUCAGUUUAGUGCUGCCGUUCCUGCGUUCGGUGAGGACAGCGCAGUCACCAUUGCCGCUGACGGCGACCACAACAUCAACGUCUUCAUCAACUUCGACCUCGUCAUCAUCGUCCUCUUCCAUUUCGUCAUCCAGCACAACCACAACCACAACAAUCUCGACCACCACCACUGUGUCUUCAACAUCAACGUCAUCGUCUUCGACAACAUCAUCGUCGACUUCGACGUCCACAUCCACCUCAACCGGCAGUGGAAUGCCGCCCACUUCGACUUCCACCACCGCCACGACGACGACAACAACAACAACAACAACAACAACAACAACAACAACAACAACAACAACGACGACGACGACGACGACGACGACGAUGACGACGACAACAACAACAACGACGACGACGACGAUGACGACAACAACAACAACAACAACAACAACAACAACAACAACAACGACGACAACACCAACAACAACGACGACGACGACGACGACGACGACGACGACGACGACGACUACAGUGUCUUCGACAUCAACCUCCUCGUCUUCUUCCUCCUCGACAUCAACAUCAACAUCAACGUCAACGUCAACCGGCAGUGGAGUGGAAUCGACCUCCACAUCUUCUACGACAACGAGCACGACGACAACGACGACGACGACGUCAACAUCGUCCUCGUCGACCUCAACGUCCACGGCAACAUCAACGACGGGAAGUGGUACGGAGCCAGCAACAACGUGGCUUACUUCCUUGACGCAGCGGAGAGCGGCAACGGUAUUUGGCAGGACAUUGCCUUGUUCUACACUGAGGGAGACUUGGUGACGUUCACAGCGGCUGUGUUCCGCCCCAAUGACAUUCCCAUCUCGUCAACCCUGAACCUUGAGCUCCGCCUUGCAUCUGGCGCCGUUCUCGCUGCUCGCCCUGUGUUUGCCCAGGAAGUGCCAUCUGGUGGCUGGGCGUACUUUUCAGUGUCGCUUCUUCCUGGUGCAGGCGCAAGCUGGCUUGGGCAACAGGUUCGCAUUGGCGUGUCGUUUGACGGCUCCGGGUUGACGCUCGGCAUUGAUGAUGCCUCGGCAUACUCAAGAGUUGUGGACACGUGCAUGGCGAAGAUGACGACGGGCGGUGAACCGUGCCUGUGCAACCCGCUCGCCAACUGCCACGUGUGUACGCUGGGGCUCGACGACGUGAGCGGACAGCUGUAUGGGCUGGAGUGCAUGACGUGCAAGAACGGGCGGUUCCUGCUUGGCGGUGUGUGCGUUGACGCGUGUCCGGAGGGCUAUGUGGCUGCGGGUGCUGGUCAGUUCAACCGCCGCUGCGUUGUGCCGACAACGGCAGUGUCGACCACCGCACCAACUACGGCAACCACAACACAAGCGCCUGUUGUGGACACGUGCAUGGCGAAGACGACGACGGGCGGUGAACCGUGCCUGUGCAACCCGCUCGCCAACUGCCACGUGUGUACGCUGGGGCUCGACGACGUGAGCGGACAGCUGUAUGGGCUGGAGUGCAUGACGUGCAAGAACGGGCGGUUCCUGCUUGGCGGUGUGUGCGUUGACGCGUGUCCGGAGGGCUAUGUGGCUGCGGGUGCUGGUCAGUUCAACCGCCGCUGCGUUGUGCCGACGACCACCGGUACGACUGCGCCCACCACCACGACGCCACUUGGAGCGGGUGGCAUCUGCUACCCUGGAUCGUCGCAAUCCUGUGCCUGCCCUUCGAACUGCACCUCCUGUACCGUCGACGACACACCCGUGUGCUUGACUUGCGAACCGUUCCAUUUCUUCCAUGAAGGAGCGUGCUUGACAUCGUGUCCUGACGGCUACCAACCAGAGGGCAUGUCCCCAGCGAACCAAACCUGCGUGCAAGUCUCGACUCAACCAUGUGAUGACGCCACGCAAGUCCAGCUGGCGUUUGACAGCCUCGACUUUGCAUAUCUGCAGUCCCCGGCCGACCGCGCUGCGUUUAUCGCGGCGCUGACAGCUGCGCUUGAGGCGGAGGGUGUGGACACGAACGCGUUGUGCGACACCUCCCUCAUGUCUGGCAGUGUACUUGUGACCAUUGUGGUCCCAGACAGCUUGCUGGAUGUGUUGCGGCAGGCGAUUGAGACGGGGCGAGUGAAUGUCACCCUUGGUGGUGUGUCUGGCACAGCUGUGCUGGUGCCCGCUGUGUCCCAGUCUGCCGAGCUGUGUUCUGCCAAACGCACGACGCAGGGUGAGCGCUGCCUGUGCAACCCCCUGCGCGACUGCCACGUAUGCAUUCUCGAUCAGCAAGAUGAUGGCACCUCCAACAUGUUUGCCGGCUCCAUUUGCACCAAGUGCAAGAAUGGCAAGUACCUGCUGAACGGCGAGUGCGUGUCGCAGUGCCCGAACGGCACUGUGCCAGACGGCCUGGGCCUUUUCAACCUGCGCUGUUCCCCCGUGGUGGAGGAACCCAACUGGCGCCUGGUGUCGCCUGACGCACGCGUGGUCUUCUCCAGCGCGCCCUCUGUGCUUCAGCCGCAGAUUGUGAUUGGACGCACGACCAACACGCUUGUCAUUCGCAUGCGCGCCACCACCAAUGGCCAGCUCUUCUUCAUGAGCAACAGCAUUGGCAAUGCAUACGUAUCCGUGUCUCUGGUACAAGGUGCCGUUCGGCUGGCCGUGAACCUUGGGUUUGGCGAGACAGCGCUGACGACGGCACCCACAGCGCGAGGCUUUGUUGACUACCAGUGGCAUGAGAUUCGCGUCACCCGUGCUGGCACCACCGUUGCCCUCGCAGUUGACGAGCACCCUGUCAUGCACGGAAGCGCUGCUGCGCCUUUUGCACAUGUCGUGCGCUUUGGCCCACUGGCGUCGAUUGGCAGCGCCAUGCAAGCUCCUGGCACCGCGGCGUUCACGGGAUGCAUUGAUAGGGUUGUGUUGGACGAUGUGCCGCUGACGCUUGCGCAAGCCCAGUCCAUCUUCGAUGUUGCUGGGUGCCCGACAGACGGGUGCAGCGCCAGCCCGUGUGAGAACGGGGCGACCUGUGUGCCGACCAACGAGAGCUACUUCUGCCUGUGCCCCGUGGGCUUUACGGGAUUUACGUGCGACACGCCGCAGGACAUUUGUGCCAGCUUGCAACCCUGCAACAACGGUGGCGUGUGCCGUGUUGUUGAUGACGGCGACUUUGUGUGCGACUGCCCCAUCUCCUUCUCUGGACCUCUCUGCGACACAGAGCGUGACUUCAGCUCGCCUUAUUCUGUUGGCGCAAGCGGAAGUGUGGGCGUGCGUGGUGUGAGCGUCAGCCGGGAUGUGCGUGUGAACGUGCGGCUUGGCGCUGACACAACGGACAUUCUUCGCUUCACGGGCGAAGACGGCAGCACGCUUGUGGUACACGUUGAAGAUGGCGCUGCGUCUGUCAUGUUCACGCCUGUCGGCGCUGAGUUGCCCCUCUCCUACGAAAGCUCGGGCCGCGCGUUUGCGGGCGACGAGUGGUUUGUGCUUCGUCUCCAACGGCAGCAGCUGACCCUCGGAGUGACCCUGGACGAUACGGCCAUCGCUGUCAUUCCAAUCACCCCACAGCUUGCCGGCGUCCUCACAAACACCACUCUGAACCUGCUUCUCCCGGAUGGGUGUGCUGCUGAUCUACGCGUGGACGCAUUGCCGCUGCCACUGCUUGAAGGCGCGUUUGCGUCUGGCCUGGAGCCGUGCGCCGCCACCGUGUGCGACCCGUCGCCGUGCAUGAACAGCGCCCUCGCGUGCACCCCUGUCGGCGAUUUUGACUUUGCCUGCACCUGUGCACCUGGAUUCUCCGGCCCGCGUUGCGAAGUCCGAGCACCCUACGAGGUGUGUGAUGAAGGUGUGCAGUUUACAGCAGACCGACUCUUGGUGCUCGAUCCAGACACGCGCGAGCGAUCCCGCGUGCUGCCGGACAAGCCACUUGCGCUUCGUCUCAGCUUCCGCUUCAACGAGCCAGACACAUCUGCGGUGCUGUUCUCCAUGACUGCGCCAGACAUGACCCCGUCUUCGUCUGCCCCCAUCAACUAUGGAACCCUGCGCAUCUUGUCCACGGGUCAGGUUGCGUUUACGGUUGACUACGGCGGCGCAGCCUACACGGCCGUGGCACCCAUGACCUUUGACGAUGGCGAGUGGCACAGCGUAUCGAUUGUGCGCACCAUGCAGGAGGCCUCGCUUGUGCUGGACGACGGUGCUGCUGUUGCCCACGCUGUGGCCUCCACCGUUACGGCCGAUGCAUGGGAGUCGCUGUUCUUUAGCCCGCGCGUGGGCGCGCUGCUUGGCGGCGAUGUUGGCCCGCCACUGCACGGCGUGACACAGGCCGUGUGUGCACGCAGGUGUAUUGACGAGGAGAAGUGCCUUUCGUUUGACUUCACGCCAUCGCGUGUUGUUGCCGGCGUGAUUCAGCCGUCCAUGUGCAGCCUGAACGGCGACACCGCCGACCGCGUGCUUGGCGGCCUGACACCGAGCGAUGACACGCUGUACUAUGAGUUGCGAUCUGCCACAUCCGCGACUACGACCACCGUUACAUUUGGCCGGUUUGACAGUGCCGACACCGGCAUGGCUGGUGGCUCUGGUGGCGGUAGUGGCAGUGGUGCGAUGUGCGACGCGUGCUUGGGCGGCCUUGCCCUCAACGACGCACCCACCGACCUUGCUUCCCUUUCAGGACAAUCCUUGACCCCUUGCUCUACUUAAUGUGUGUGUGUGUGUGUGUGUGUGUGUGUGUGUGUGUGUGUGUGGGUGAGUGUGUAGUGUGUAUUUGCGUACCGAGGGACAGAGCUAGGUUUCGUUGCGUUACAUUACUACCUGAUGUGAAUGUGCAAUCCACUACUCGCUGUUGUUCCACCUGCAUGUAAGAAAUGUCAUCACGUCCACGUGUUUUCGCUUCGUUCCAGUGGACCUCCAUAUGUUUUCACGGUGUUUGCAGACGUUUUUUUUUUUCCUCUUCUUCUUGUUCUUCAUUUCUGUUGGUUUCCUUCCGCUCGCUCGUGAUCAAUGGACAUCUCGAGUGUUGGCUCUUCUUUGUUGCUUGAGUUUCGACCUUCGACUUCGUGUGUGUGUGUGUGUGUGUGUGUGUGUG